AUGCGCUUCGAAAUCGUCAGCACCCUCGCCGCUCUGGCUGGCCUCGCCGCCGCCGACAAGAGCUGCGCCGCCAACAACUGGGAGACUCGCUACACGGCCACCGGCGUCCAGGAUGUCGCCGCCGCUGCUGCCACGGCCAAGUCGUCCAGCCCGACCAGCAACGUCCCCGGCAAGGCCUUUGAUCGUCUUGUCAUCAUCUACUUUGAGAACCAAAACUAUGACAAGUCCAUCGGUGACCCCAACUUCAACUACUUUGCCAAAAAGGGUAUCCUUCUGGACAACUACUUUGCCGUCACGCACCCCUCGCAGCCCAACUACAUGGCCUCCAUCGCCGGCGACUACUUUGGCAUGCAAAACGACAACUUCAUCCGCGCCCCCCGCAACAUCUCCACCGUCAUCGACCUGCUCGAGUACCGCGGCGUCUCCUGGGGCCACUACCAGGAGGACAUGCCCUACUCGGGCUUCGAGGGCAUGGGCUUCAAGAACCAGAACAACGGCAAGAACGACUACGUCCGCAAGCACAACCCGGCCAUCAUGCACGACUCGGUCGCGCACUGGGAGAGCCGCCUGUCGCAGAUCAAGAACCUGUCCAUGAUUGACACGUCGCGAUCCAUGUUCCACAAGGAUCUCAAUGACGACAAGCUGCCGCAGUGGAUGUUCAUCACCCCCAACAUGACGUCGGACGGCCACGACACCGACGUCACCACGGCCGGCGCCUGGUGCCGCGGCUUCCUCGAGCCGCUGCUGGACAACAAGAAGUUUAUGAAGAACACACUCGUCCUCCUCACCUUUGACGAGAACGAGACGUACGCCAACCGCAACCAGAUCCUGGGCGUCCUGAUUGGCGACGCCGUGCCCAAGGAGCUCGUCGGCACCACCGACAGCAACUUUUACAACCACUACUCGGAGAUUGCCACGGCCUCGGCCAACUGGGACCUGCCCACGCUCGGCCGCUGGGACGUCGGCGCCAACGUGUACGAGAUGGUGGCGGCCAAGACGGGCGACAAGCUGCGCAAGUGGUCGUCGCCCGAGCAGCUGCAGGGCAUGUACUUUAACUUUUCGCAGGCCGGCCAGUUCAGCACCGCCGGCGGCAACAAGCGCUUCCCCGCGCCCAACCUGAAGCUGGACGAUGCCGCCAACGGCCGCAAGAUUCACCCCCGCGUCAAGGAGAUUUGGGCCAACAGCCAGGCGCCCACGUACUACGAGGACACGGUCGAGGUGCCCGACGGCCUGCACCCUCCCAAGGGCUACGCGCCCUCCAAAUAA